CACGGGGGAAGCUCUGGAGGGACCAAGAGAGACACCUACUAACUUCACCUGGCAAAACAUAUUGAUGGAAUCGUUUCACGCUCAAUUGAGGCCUCUUGUAUCGUGAGGGCGAGCCACAAGCCAGCCUGUCAUUUUCCAGCAAGAAGAGAAAUUCAGAACCAUGACGUCGGAUCUGCUUGCUGGCUUCCCGGCAAACGCGCCGCCCAAACCCAAGACCAAACUUCGGUUUGCAGAUGUUGCAGUAACAGCAACAGCAAAAGAUUUCGCCGGCUUCUACAGAGGCAAACAAUACCACCAACCAGACUUCGAUGCCGUCCUCGACCGCGCCUCGGCCGCAGGCGUCGAAAAGGUGAUGCUCACGGGCAUGUCCCUCAGCGACGCUGCUACGAACCUCUCUAUUGCCAAAUCGCGGCCGGCGGGGACGUGUUUCGUGACGAUUGGCAUCCAUCCGUAUCACGCUGCGGAGCCCGAUGCCGAGGAAGACGGCGGCGAGAAUGGUCAUUUCAAAAAGUUGGUAGAGAUCGUUCGCGAAGCAUUGGGUUCCGCGUCCGCAGGUAGCUCUUCAUCGCCGUUGGCUGCGUUUGGCGAGUUGGGCCUCGACUAUGACCGCCUAAACCACGCGUCCAAGGAAGCACAGAUCCGCACUUUUAAGCGACAGUUGGAUCUAUUUGUCGAGCAAAAGCUGGACUUGCCCCUAUUUCUCCAUUGCCGCGCUGCUUACGAUGACUUUGUGGAGAUCAUCCAGCCGUACCUCCCCAGCCUCCCCCGCCGCGGCUUGGUUCACUCCUUUGUGGGCACAUCGGCUCAGAUGAGAACUCUGGUAGAGCUCGGCUUCGACGUCAGCGUCAACGGCUUCAGCUUUCAGGACAGGGAAAGUCUGGAGAUGGUGCGCGAUAUCCCGUUGGAGCACCUGCAGAUCGAGACGGAUGCGCCGUGGGGUGAGAUAUCAGCGGGUUCGGAGGUGGCGAAGAGGUAUCUCGGGAACGCGUUUGCUUUGCCGCAGAGUAAGAAGAAGGACAAGUUCGAGUUGGGGCUCAUGGUGAAGGGUAGAAAUGAGAGUUGUACAAUGGACAGGGUUGCAUUCGUCGUGGCUGGUUUGAAAGGGCUGAGUGUGGAUGAUAUCGCCGAGGCGGCUUGGAGGAAUAGUGUCAAGAUGUUUGGAUUUGGUGAGAGCUAACAUGAGAUCAAAUGACAAGGAAACAUCAAACAUUGAAUCUCGCGUCAAGGCAUAGGACACCAAUCUGACAGAGCUUGAAUCGGCCGCCAAAUUCUGUCUCCCCAUAUUCCAUCAGAGUGUCUUUUGUACCAUGCUAAUCCCUUCUUUCUCAAGAAUCUCGCGAAUGGGGUCACAGAUUUCCA